CCAGGGCAUGUCCAGACUGUCCAGACGAUCGCGUAAUUUGCGAUCCAUCGGCGGCGACUGUCUUGUCCGCUGUUUUUCCCUCGCCUUUCCUCAGCCCAUAAAGCCCAACAUUACCCGCAGCCAUACCAUAACCCACCUCCGCUCGAAGUCGCAUUCUCUUUUUACUUCCUUCAACGCUUCUCGUCCACAGCAGUCCAACGCAUAUUCCGUCUUCAGCUUCUCAACGUUAACUACAACCUCGACAUGCCGGAAAAACAAAACGUCGUCGCCAACUACGGAGCCCUCGAGCAACCGUCCGAGUCCUCCGAGUCCUCAACCAUCACCGUCGAUGUCGACCAUGAGAACACCCGUCUCAUAUCCGACGACGUUCUGCCGGAAAUUAGCCACCACCACUACUCCGAUCGCUCGCCAUGGCUCCGCGCCGCGGUGUUGGGAGCAAACGACGGGCUAGUGUCGACUGCGUCCCUUAUCGUCGGUUUUGCGGGAAGCAGUGAGGAUCAUAACCUUAUGAUCCUCUCAGGAGCCGCGGCGCUCGUUGCAGGCGCCCUCUCAAUGGCUUGUGGUGAAUACGUAUCGGUCGCGACGCAGAAGGAUACAGAGAGUGCGGACAUGGUUAGGGAGAAGGCCGAAUUCCUGAAGGGACCAUUACACAUUGAACGCGAACUGCGGGAGUUGGCUGGGAUCUACGAAGCCCGCGGAAUAUCACCGCAGCUGGCUUUACAGGUCGCCGAGGAACUGCAUUCACAAGCCAAUGGGGACAUUGACGAAAUCGUCAAGGUGCAUCUGAGGGAGGAGCUGAAUGUGGAUGUGGAUGAGCUCUCGAACCCGGUCCAGGCAGCCGUCACGUCGGCGCUGUGUUUCAGUGCUGGUGCCGCUAUUCCGUUAUCAGUCGCGAUCUUUGUGACGGAUUACCAAUUUCGUCUGGCCGCAGUAGUAGUCGCCAGUACCUUUGGGCUGAUUAUCAACGGGCUUUUGGGAGCAUAUCUCGGUGGUGCGCCUGUCUGGAAGGGGGCGAUCAGGGUUCUCGUUGGUGGCUGGAUUGCGAUGAUAGGCACCUUCCUGGUCGGAAAGGCGUUCCAUGUGCAAGCCGUCUAAGCUGGAACCGCAGAACAUUGCGUCGAUCCAUGUUUCAUCUAUGCCGCCCUGCGGAGGUUUGGAGUCGGAUCUGGGAGUCCUCUCUGGUCCCUCCCAUCGAACGGUCUUCAAAGACUAGUAUAAAUAGCGACGGUGGUGGGUGUGCGUUGCUGUGCGCUACGGAUCACAUGCUCCAUGGACAUUGUGGCAAUCUUGUACUUUAGAUUCCUGUGACCUGUUGUUUAAAUUCUCAUCAUUACUACCAAGUCACUAUUGCCCUGCUCCGCAUCAGAUUAGGCAAAUGAGAGG